CCCGGGGUUUCCAUGACGACGACGUCUGCUAGGGGAUCCGGGCGGGGUCGGAGCGCAUGCGCGGUGCGCGCCGGACGCCGCAAGUCUUCCCGAGUCGCUGGAGCUGCUGUCGCGGCGCCCCCAACUGCGGGCGCCCGGGCUCCCUCCGCUCGGCCAUGGCCCCCUCGCCGCCGUGCAGGCUCCCUCGGUCGCCGCCGCCGCUGCUGCUGCUGGUGCUGCUGAGCGUCGCGCUGCUGGGCGCCCAGGCCCGCGCGGAACCCGCCGCCGGGAGCGCCGUCCCCGCGCAGAGCCGCCCGUGCGUGGACUGCCACGCUUUCGAGUUCAUGCAGCGCGCUCUGCAGGACCUGCGGAAGACGGCCUGCAGCCUGGACGCACGGACAGAGACCCUCCUGCUGCAGGCCGAGCGCCGGGCCCUGUGCGCCUGCUGGCCGGCCGGCCGCUGAGGACCCUCAGCCAGACUACUUCCUCACCAAUAAACACCUGGCCCGGCA